AUGGUACAACUCUUUCCGGAGGAACUACGUCGCAUCAUCGAUGGGAGGUGCCAGAUCCCACCUAUUUAUAAAAAUUCGGCGAGUGAAGUCCCUGCCCUAGGUGUGAGUGAAGUCCCUGCCCUAGGUGUGAGUGAAGUCCCUGCCCUAGGUGUGAGUGAAGUCCCUGCCCUAGGUGUGAGUGAAGUCCCUGCCCUAGGUGUGAGUGAAGUCCCUGCCCUAGGUGUGAGUGAAGUCCCUGCCCUAGGUGUGAGUGAAGUCCCUGCCCUAGGUGUGAGUGAAGUCCCUGCCCUAGGUGUGAGUGAAGUCCCUGCCCUAGGUGUGAGUGAAGUCCCUGCCCUAGGUGUGAGUGAAGUCCCUGCCCUAGGUGUGAGUGAAGUCCCUGCCCUAGGUGUGAGUGAAGUCCCUGCCCUAGGUGUGAGUGAAGUCCCUGCCCUAGGUGUGAGUGAAGUCCCUGCCCUAGGUGUGAGUGAAGUCCCUGCCCUAGGUGUGAGUGAAGUCCCUGCCCUAGGUGUGAGUGAAGUCCCUGCCCUAGGUGUGAGUGAAGUCCCUGCCCUAGGUGUGAGUGAAGUCCCUGCCCUAGGUGUGAGUGAAGUCCCUGCCCUAGGUGUGAGUGAAGUCCCUGCCCUAGGUGUGAGUGAAGUCCCUGCCCUAGGUGUGAGUGAAGUCCCUGCCCUAGGUGUGAGUGAAGUCCCUGCCCUAGGUGUGAGUGAAGUCCCUGCCCUAGGUGUGAGUGAAGUCCCUGCCCUAGGUGUGAGUGAAGUCCCUGCCCUAGGUGUGAGUGAAGUCCCUGCCCUAGGUGUGAGUGAAGUCCCUGCCCUAGGUGUGAGUGAAGUCCCUGCCCUAGGUGUGAGUGAAGUCCCUGCCCUAGGUGUGAGUGAAGUCCCUGCCCUAGGUGUGAGUGAAGUCCCUGCCCUAGGUGUGAGUGAAGUCCCUGCCCUAGGUGUGAGUGAAGUCCCUGCCCUAGGUGUGAGUGAAGUCCCUGCCCUAGGUGUGAGUGAAGUCCCUGCCCUAGGUGUGAGUGAAGUCCCUGCCCUAGAAGUCCCUGCCCUAGGUGUGAGUGAAGUCCCUGCCCUAGAAGUCCCUGCCCUAGGUGUGAGUUUUUUAUGCAUGUAG